AUGGUCAAUAAGCCAGAAGAAGAAGUGGGAGAAACCCUUCAGGAAUCCCAGGCCCCAGAGACCAAGGUGAAAGUCUGGAGCAAAGCAGAUGCGCUCUUGGUGGAGGAGGAUCAGGUCAGGGAAUACUUAAGCAAACUGGACAUAUGUAACUCCACGGGCCCUGAUGGGAUCCUCAUAGAGAAGCUGAUGAACUGUGGGAUGGAUGAGCAGACACUGAGGCUGAUUGAAAACUGGCUCAGCGGCCAGAUCCAUAGGGUGAUGAGCAAUGGCACAAAGUCUAGUUGGAGGCCAGAUUCACAGUUGCUUACAUUUGAGGAAGAUGACCCACCAGAACCGCUUGAGCUCACAGUUAAACAAGUUGUUAGUGUCGUAAAGUCGGCUCAAGAGAAGGUGGUUUCUUGCAAUGUUGUGGGUGAUUCUGUUAAAUUUGUCGUCACCGUCUCACAUACUUCACCUGCAGCUGCAGAAAGUCAGUCGUACAGUGUGAAACUGUCUCCACUUCACUUGCAGCUUCAGCUCUGUGUGAAAGACAAAGGAGAAGAUGUCAAAGUUGAGUGGUUCCUCAUUAACGCCAAUGAAAUCAACUUUGAAAUCCAGCCAACGGGGCAGGAGGGACAGACAGCAGGGACAUGUGCAAUAUCUGAAACGCUCAGAGGUGUUUUGAAGAACCUCUUUAGCUCAGUUUCUCCAUCUGUAGUGUUGACUACGAGGCCUACAGAUAUAAAGGAGGUUCAGAAUGUACAGAACAUAAGCCUUCUCCCUCAGGGCACUAGUCCGCCUAAACCUCCAAGGGCUCAUGAACUCAAACUGCUGGUAAAAAACAUCACGGUAAACCUAACUGAUCCCAGUGCUGCAGGCAGCACAAACCUUACAUGUAUAGCUCAGUUGAAUGACCCUAUGCAGAAGUUUUCCAGCUCUGUAGCCAAAAAUGCUGCAAAUCCCUUUUGGAAGGAAGAGUUUAUCUUUGAACUAAGUGCCAAAUCAAAAGCAUUGCAACUGCAAAUAGUAGAAGAUGGAAAGUUGGAUAGACCUUUGUCUGCAAAGGUGACUGUACCUCUAGACUUGUUCAGGAAACAACCUUCUGGCCAGCAAAGCUUUGCACUGAACAGCGGGGCCGGAGAGAGCAGCUUAGAGCCAGGGCCCAGGCUGGGAUCCAUCAGUGCAGAGUUCUCUUUUAUAGAACCCAAUGAAUUAAAGACGUGGCAAGUCUCUUCUCCAGUGCCAGCCGCUAAAAUAGAAAAGGAUCGCACUGUGAUGCCCUGUGGGACUGUGGUCACUACUGUAACUGCUGUGAAAACCAAACCUCGUCUAGAAGGGAGAUCAUCUCCACUGAGUACAGAUUCUCCUGUGAAAACUCCAGUUAAAGUAAGGGUGAUUGAAAAGGAUUUCUCUAUUCAAGCUAUCCAUUCCCACGGUGCUCCAGUCAGCAAAACUUUAUCAUCUUCAGAUACAGAACUGCUGGUACUGAAUGGCACCGAUCCUGUUGCAGAAGCAGCCAUACGGCAGUUAAGUGAGUCUGCAAAGCAGAAGCUGAAGUCUCCUAGAAAGAAAAGCACCAUUAUCAUAUCAGGGGUGUCCAAGACCUCUUUAUCUCAGGACAGUGAAGCUGCACUGAUGAUGGACUAUGCUGCAGCCAUGGACAGCUCCUGCAAAGAAUUAGAUCCACCCACUGUGGAGGAAACUGUUGCAAAAGCCACCUCUGAUGAAGGUACUUCAGAAAUAGUACCUGAUACUGACCCACAGCAAAGUGCCCAUAAGGCUUGGGCUUUGGAGAAUGGCAGCCAACAGUGGGACACCAACACGCUCUUAGACCAGACCUGUGAAGAAAUAUCUGGGAGCUCAUUAAGUGUUUCAGAAACUGGGAGCAUGAAAAAAUCUAAAGGUGGGAUUUUGAAAAAAAGUGCGAAGCUCUUUUUCCGCCGGCGACAUCAUCAGAAGGAUCCAGGAAUGAGUCAAUCGCACAACGAUCUUGUCUACCUGCAGCAGCCACUGUCAGAGGAAACGCGCAAGAAGGGAGGCACGCUUUCACGUAUUCUGAACAGAAAGCUCCUUUCCAAAAACAAAAGCAAGAACAAACUGAAUGGUGCUUCGGCAGAACCAUACGCAUAA